AUGAGCGACUAUUCCUUUCUCCCAUGGUACCCUCGGGGGAUUCAAAAAUUCCUUGACGCAAGCGGAAGCAACUACGUGGCGCUUAUUGAUGACCAGACAGUACUCAAAUUUCCCAUUGUCCCGCCACAUGAGGAUGAGUCCGCUUACUCGGCUGCCGGCUGGAAAUACAGGAGACGGAUGAGGGAGGUCUCUUUGCGCGGGCUGCAGAUUGAGGAAAAGAUCCUCAAGAGGAUAGGGCACCACGAGAGAAUCAUUUCUGUCAAGGGAAGACAUGAAGAUGGGCUCCUCCUCGAAUACAUGCCCAAUGGUUCAGUCCAGAGAUACCUCGUUUCGCAUCCUGACACGUCACUUGGCCAAAGAUUGAAAUGGGCAUUGCAAGCUGCCGAGGGUCUGACCUUUGUUCACUCCAACCAAGUUGUCCACUGCGACAUAACAACCGGAAACCUCCUCUUGGACCUGGCUCUCAACAUCAAGAUUGGCGACUUUGAAGGAAUUCUUCUUCAUCCGGAUGGGACCGCCGCUCUUGAUGGAGGUGCCCGGUAUAAUACCCUUUCAUCCAUGCCCCGGGAUGACGAAGACUGUUGUGAUUACCAGACCGAUCGUUUUGCUUUAGGGACAGCCAUCUACUCCAUCAUGACAGGCCAGAGACUGUUUCUAGAUCUUGACCCUGUUGACGAAGGCGGCGAGGUGCAACGUCGCUUCAGGGCAGGCGAAUUUCCCAUGCUGGAAGACGAAAAGGGAGGUCAAGUCAUCCGGAAGUGCUGGAUGGGCGAAUACGAGUCGUCAGCUCAAGUAGUUGAUGAUAUACAAAGCGUACUCCGGGCAUCAAAACCGAAUGGCGGAGAUGAAUGA